AUGUCUCUCGCACGGCUAGCUCGUCUUCUGCCUUUCCCGGAACCGGAUCUCAAACAGAUUAUCGACUACGCUGAGACACUAUCAAAAGAGCAGGCAGCAAAGCAUUUCAAUGAGCUUCUUGGGGAAUCGCCUCAAGCAAUAGAAUUUAUAUCGACCUUCAAUUCACGGCGCAAAGAUAUAGCCUCAUCUUCUCAGUCGAAUACGCAGGCUCCCUCACAAUCAGUAGAGACCUCGGGCGUCCCCAAGAGCACCCGCAAACAACCAAAGAAGAAAGCUCCCCUCCAUGCUCUGCCACCCCGCCAAAUCCAAGACAAUUAUGCCGCACAGGGCCAGGAAUACAAGAAGAAGAGCGAAGAUGAUUAUAUAACGAAACGACCAGGUCAACCAGCUCCAACUGCCAAACACACAUUCGCUCUCAGCAGUAAGCCAGAGGUCGCAGCGCCCAAAGCCAAAACCCCGCCAUCUGCUGCGGGGACUCUAAUAUCAGACUUCAAGUCUAAAUCUAACAAUUCCUCACGAAAUGCUUCACGAAACGCCUCCCGCACAUCCUCUCCGGUCCCGACGCAGAAAUCUACAAAAGUAAAUAUCACGGGAGGGACAUCUAUGCACGGCGCAUCAACAGUACUCAGCGAACUAGAUGCAGUAAUUCGAAGUCUCGAAAUCUCCACGAAUAGCACACUCCUCCCAUCGAACGACAAACGAAAAUGCAAUUGUAUAGGGGCACGUCAUCCACUGCUUGCAGCCGCGCCGAAUUGUUUAAAUUGUGGGAAGGUCAUAUGUGUCAAGGAAGGAUUAGGACCAUGUACAUUUUGCGGGGACCCUUUAUUAAGCGCCAUGGAAAUACAAGGAAUGAUACGGGAAUUGAAAGAGGAAAGAGGUCGAGAGAAAAUGGCAUUAGAUGCAGCGAGUAACAAACGUGCUGAGGUUUCAAAGAAACCUGCUCCUUUUACACAGGCUAGGAAUACGGAAGUCUCGCUGAGUCCUGCGGAACAAAAGGCCAAGGAGCAUAGAGAUCGACUAUUAGGAUUUCAAGCUCAGAAUGCGAAGAGAACGACGGUUCGGGAUGAGGCUGCGGAUUUUGAGACGCCGAUGACGGCUGGUACGAAUAUUUGGGCGAGUCCGGCUGAGAGGGCAAAACAAUUGAAGAAACAACAAAAGGUUUUGGCGGAGCAAGAAUGGAAUGCUCGGCCGGAAUAUGAGAAGAGGAGACAGGUUGUUAGUCUUGAUCUUGUGAGGGGGAAAGUGGUUAAGAAAGUGUCAAUGGCGCCGGUGGAACGGCCGCUACAGCCGGAAAGUGAGAGCGAGGAGGAAGUAGAGGAUGCUUCGUUACGAGAAACGAGUGGAAAUGCUGGUGGUGGAACAUUCAGUAGAAAUCCACUGCUGGGAGGACUCAUCAAACCUGUGUGGAACCCGGGAAAGGGGAAAGAUAUUGAGAUUGAGGGAUCUAGUGAAGUGAGAAAGAAGACCUGGCGGAGGGUUCAGGAUGACCUUGAUGAUAACGAGGCAGUUAUUUUGGAUGGGGGAGCGUAUGGCCCGGGCGUCUCGGAUUCGAGAGAAGAACCCGCUUGUGGAUAG